UUCUUCUUCUUUUCACCUCUGCUCCUACACCAGCAUCUUCUCGUGCGUUCGGCCGACCAGUUUCCUCGUGGUCACCACCAAAGGAUCAAGCGAAACUCUGAUCUCAUUUUAUAAGUUCUAACUGUACAUUUACUCUUGACCCGGUGCGUUUACUUCUGAUCCAUCAUGUUCAGGCUGCCAACAGUCUUGCGCUCUGUAGCAUCACGCCAGAUCUGCCAUGUCCGUGGUUAUGCCAAAGAUGUCCGCUUCGGACCUGAGGUCCGAGCUCUCAUGCUCCAGGGUGUUGACAUUUUAGCAGAUGCUGUUGCUGUUACAAUGGGCCCCAAAGGCCGCAAUGUCAUCCUGGAACAGUCUUGGGGUAGUCCCAAAAUUACCAAGGAUGGUGUCACUGUCGCCAAGGGCGUUGAACUGAAAGACAAGUUCCAAAACAUCGGCGCCCGCCUAGUUCAGGAUGUGGCCAAUAACACCAACGAGGAAGCCGGAGAUGGCACAACCACAGCAACAGUUUUAGCCAGAGCUAUCGCCAAGGAGGGCUUUGAGAAGAUCUCUACUGGGGCUAACCCCAUUGAGGUCCGCAAGGGUGUAAUGCUUGCUGUGGAUGCCAUCAUUGGCCACCUGAAAAACCUUUCCAGACCUGUCACCACCCCUGAAGAAAUUGCCCAAGUUGCCACCAUUUCAGCCAAUGGAGACCGCAAAAUUGGUGACUUGAUCUCCAACGCCAUGAAGAGGGUUGGCAAAGAAGGCGUAAUCACUGUCAAAGACGGCAAGACUCUUAAUGAUGAGCUUGAAGUCAUAGAGGGCAUGAAAUUUGAUAGAGGAUACAUUUCACCUUAUUUCAUUAACACUGCUAAAGGUGCCAAGGUUGAAUUCCAAGAUUGUCUCGUUCUUUUCUCCGAGAAGAAAAUCUCAUCAAUUCAGUCUAUUAUCCCCGCCCUUGAACUGGCUAACACUCUCCGCAAGCCCCUCGUAAUUGUUGCUGAGGACAUCGAUGGUGAAGCUCUCAGCACACUUGUAGUUAACAGGCUCAAGAUUGGACUUCAAGUUGCUGCUGUCAAAGCACCUGGUUUUGGAGACAACCGCAAGGCAACUCUCCAGGAUAUGGCCAUUUCCACUGGUGGUAUUGUGUUUGGAGAUGAGGGCAGCCCCGUUAAGUUGGAAGAUGUCACUAAGGAAGACCUUGGCAUUGUGGGAGAGUGCAUCAUCACCAAGGAUGACACCUUGAUGCUGAAGGGCAAGGGCAAGAAGGCUGAUAUCGACAGAAGAGCGGACCAGAUUAGGGACCAGAUUGCCGACACCACCUCUGAAUAUGAGAAGGAGAAGCUGCAGGAGCGGUUAGCGAGAUUAGCAUCUGGUGUUGCUGUUCUCAGAGUUGGAGGAUCUAGCGAGGUUGAAGUUAAUGAGAAGAAGGACCGUGUAAAUGAUGCUCUGUGCGCCACCCGUGCUGCUGUUGAGGAAGGUAUUGUUCCCGGCGGUGGCACUGCUCUCCUUCGUUGCAUUUCCAGCCUUGACAGUCUCACCCCAGCCAACAACGACCAGAAGACUGGAAUUAACAUUGUUCGCAAAGCCCUUCGUCAGCCUUGCAUGCAGAUUGCUCUCAACGCUGGUGUUGAAGCCUCAGUUAUUGUUUCAAAGGUUGAAGAAGGAAAGGGAGAUAUGGGAUAUGAUGCUUUAAAUAAUGAAUUUGUCAAUAUGAUUGAGAAAGGAAUUAUUGAUCCAACCAAGGUUGUGAGGACUGCCUUAACGGACGCUGCAGGAGUUGCUUCCCUUCUAACAACAGCUGAAGCUGUUGUCACAGAACUGCCCAAGGAAGAUCCUCCCAUGGGAGCUGGCAUGGGCGGCAUGGGUGGAAUGGGUGGCAUGGGCGGUAUGGGAGGCAUGGGAAUGUAAACCAAGAUCUGUCAAGUCGCUCAAUGCCCCUGUUGUGUGCCUACUCCACUAGUAGGUGGUGACUUAUAGCUGGACUGUAAGCGUGCUGUGAGUUCUCUACUUCUGUAGUGUGCAACACAUGGGUUUUAUGUGUUCAGUGCCCAAAUUUUGUGACUGUUUUAUGCAUUUGCUUGGAGAAGGGGAAACAUGAAGAUAAUCAAGGCUCCAACUCCUUUGUAGUAUCUUGCCUACUAGUCAUGCGAUCUGGAAAACUUCAACUGUUCUGUAGGCUGGUCAAGACACAAAUGUUACUGUGCUUAUGUCAGAGUCUAUUUCCUUAAAGCUUGUAUGUUUUAUUUGGUCUAAAUAUUUUAAAUAUGUUAACUGUGUCUCCAGCUCCAUCAAAAUGCUUUUAUGAAUUUCAGUUAAGUAUCUUAACACUUGUGAACUAGGUGGUAUCUCAUUCCAUUGUUGUAUUCAGGUUUUCAUUUUCCAGAUCUCCCACAGUGUUUCAACAAUUUGUAAAUAAUGUUGCCAUUAUCAUAGUACAUUAUAGUUAUUCAUCACAUCUCCCUGUUUUGUAAUGUUAAAAAUACAGAGAGCGGUAUGAGUUUGUA